AUGAAAAAUGAACAACAAGGUGCAGUGUGUGAAUUUUUUUGGAAGACGACACUUGUCAGUUAUCCAAUAUCCCUUGCAGCACAAACCUCUUCAGUAUGGACAUGUGUAGCUAUCACUGUUGAUCGAUACUUAGCUGUAAAAUAUCCACUGCAAACCCGCGUGUGGUGUUCAACAUCACGUGCCAAAUUGGUUUUAUCAGUGAUAGCAACAGUAUCAUUUGUUUACAAAUUACCAUCACUGUUCGAAUUAACAUUAGAUGAAUGUGGCCGUUUAGCUCCAACGCCAUUACGUACCAACGGCCUUUAUAUUGUUUUAUACAAUACAUAUGGUUAUUUGUUACUAUUGAUAAUCAUUCCUUGGACAACAAUGAUUGUUUUAAACGUUAUCGUUAUCCGAUCAGUACAACAAGCAUACCGUAUCCGUCGCUCUUUGAUGAGUCGUACCGCAAAUCUGGAUGAAAAAGAACGACAUUGUACACUUAUGGCUUUUGUAAUGAUUUUAACAUUUAUUGCUUGUAAUUUAACGGCUGGUAUAAAUCACAUUAUUGAAGCAUUCUUUGCCGAAUAUUCCCAAUUCUUUCGCUUACGUUUACCUAUUGGAAAUUUAUUAGUAUGCGUCAAUAGUGCUUCAAAUAUUUUUAUUUAUUCGAUAUUUGGUCGUAAAUUUCGACGGAUUUGUGCAGCUCUUUUGUGUCCGUGUAUUGUUAAUCGUAAUUAUAAACGAAUGAAAGCACUUGGACUCAAUGAGUUAACAAAUCAAUUAUGGAAUAAACUUUCAAAUCAAACUGCACAGGAAUCUUUCGUUCAGCAAAGGAAUCAACGUUCAAUUUCAAAAAUUGGAAGAAGUUAUAAGGAAGAAAAAUUUGCUAGUCCUAAUAGUAUUACAGAAACUUUGAUUGAAAAUGUUAAAUUUGAUGCACUUGUGAAAUGUUCAUCAGAAUGA